AUGCGCAAGACGAAAGAGCGACAAAUUAGGAAGCAAAAAGAAGAAGAGAAAGAUGGCGAUGAUGAGUAUACGGAGACUGUGAAGCCCGAUGUAAAACUUCCUAAACAAAAAGCGUUUCGUGUCGACGCGACGCCGACGACGGUGGGAAACAAUAGCAUAAGUAACACGGCGAAGACAACAACAACAAUAAAUACAUCAAAGGACGUAGAAGUUACGGCGUCAAUGCAAACAUCAGACAUCGUGUUGAAUGAAAAAUCUGUUUACGGUGUUUUGGACGAGAAUAUGUCGCGAAAGAAGAGCGCAAGAGAACCUUAUCGCACGCUACGCGAAAGCGUUAUGAGGGACGAGCGAAGAAAGCGGAAGAAAACGUCUUUGAAGGAUGCGGGCAACGACGACGACGACGAAAUCCUGUUUGUUGUUUACAUAGAUUCUAGCGUAGGUAAAACAAGGUUCGACAUAUUUGCAAAAAACGUUCCAGAAAAGCUCGGAGGGCUAGUCGUUUCUCAUGUGGAAAAGUCGAUAAUUGAUUCAAACGCGCUUUUAGUUGGGAGUCUCGUUGUGAACGACGCCACAAGAGGUGGAAAACAUAAAUCCAAGAUCGAGCCAAAGAAAAAGAAAAAGAGGAAGGGAAAGAAAGAAGACGAGGAGAUUGGCGUCUCGCACGUAGUUACUACGAAAGAAGGAUUUGCCAAGUACGAAAAGAGUGUGCCGGAUGAGUGCGUGACCAAGUUUGUAUCUCCGGAAUACCUCGCGGCGUGCUUGAAAGAGAAGAAGAUUAUUGUACCCAUCGAAGAGAAAUGGUCCUUUGCCGCAGUUGCGGACGCAAAGAUAUCGCCGAUCGAGAAACCAACGCCAGAAAUGCCGAAAGGAGAGAGCAAAGAGAAGAAAGAGAAGAGAGGAGAAGAAAGUCAUCACGAUGAAGAAAUCUUGACUCUGAUGGAACUCGCGCAAAUUUCGCUCGAGCAGGCUCGCGUCGCACUGGUACAUUUUGGAUAUUCGUUAGAAGUUGCAGUAGAAGCUUUUCUGGAAGGCAAGGUUUCCUUCACGGAGAUUAAUGGUGAGCAGACGCUGGUUGAAAACGCAUCCAAGCAAGCGUCCAUGGAAAGCGACGUUCGGCAGAACUACUAUCACAGCUUGGAAAAUAUGAAGAAAAUCAAGAAGCAUUUCAUGUGUCAACCUGCAGAACGCGUUGGAAACCAGGACGCCAACAAGUCACUCAUCGAUAUGUUCUCGAAUUAUGGAGCAUUGCUUCAGGAUAUGUACCCAGAUAACAAGCAACAAAGAGGGCGGGGGAAUGCGUAUGUUAAAAUCGCGCGUUUGCUGGAGAGCACGCCGUACGAGUUGACGCCAAACAACAUCGACGAUUUCAUUGAGAAGAACAGGCGCGGAGGUCAAGGCAUGGGAGAGAGCAUGUGUAAUAAGCUCAAGUACGCCGUCUCGUUUAAAGUUUUACCGGAAUAUGAGGCGUUUUUGAAGGAUCCUUCCGUCAUCGCGGUGAAAGACAUGUCUCGAGUGCACGGAAUUGGAACAAAAACAGCGUACAAAUUUUAUGAGCGAUUUAACUUGAAGUCGGUUGAGGAUUUGCGCGCGCUUCUGUCCAGUGGCGAUCCAAACAAUAUUCUGAAGAACGAUAUGCGCAUCAGCUUGAAAUAUCUUGAGGAUUUGGAAGAUCGCAUUCCGCGGGAAGAAGCGAAAGAGAUUGGCGAUUUCGUCCGCGAAAGCGUCGAGAAUAUUGUGAAAGGCGCUCAAGUUGAAGUUGCUGGUUCGUAUCGACGAGGAAAGCCGACGUGCGGUGACGUCGACGUUUUGGUGUGUUUAAAAGAGAAUCAAAAGAAAGAUGGUGUGUUGCAAAAUAUCGUCGACGAUAUCGAUCGAAGAGGCUUGAUUUCGGCGAGAUUGUCGCAAGGCACGUUCGGGCAAGAUAACUUCAUGGGUGUCUGCAAGCUCCCGGACGGCAAAGAAAACCGCAAACACCGCAGACUUGACAUCAAAAUAUACGAGCCCAAACAGUUCGCGACGGCGUUGCUAUAUUUUACGGGUAGUGGCCGCUUCAACCGAUCGAUGCGUACGUAUACGCACAUGAUGGGUUGGCAUUUAGACGACAAAGGAUUGUACAUGGACAGGAACAAAUCGAGGCGAGUAGAGACUGUGACCGAACAAGACAUCUUCGCGGCACUGGGGCUAGAUUAUGUGCGCCCGCAAGAUCGAAGCGUUGGAUAG